AUGGGGGGGGGGGGGCGAGGCGGCAAGGGCGUGCACAGAUGUGGGGGGUCCUGGCGGGGGGAGAGCAGGUGGAGUGGCCGCUCCUGUCAUCUAACACCACCUCCCGUCUGUCCCCCCCCGGUUUGGGGUCUUUGCUCCACCGUGGUGUGCACCCCCGACACUCCAUGCACCGAGCUGGGCCUAGCCUGCAAGGGGUCCGACUGGACCAGCAGCUCCACCUCCAAGCUCUCGGUCUCCCCCCGGCUCAGCCAGGGCCUCCCCCUGAAGGGUGGGGGCGCGGCAGUGGGGGAAGGGGGCUUCCCCCGGGGUGCCACCCCCCGGGUGAGCUUCCGGGAGCCCCUGGUGGCGGGCAAGCCGGGGGGGGCCCGCAGCGCCCAGCUGAAUCGGCGCCGGCCCCGCGCCCGGCCCUGCUCCUCCUUCGACAAUGCCCUGCACCUGGCGGGCGAGGGGGAGCCCGAGGGGGGCCUCCCCCCGGAGGAACAGGGCCAGGGGCAGCAGCGCUUGGUCUACUCGGCCUCUGAGGGGGCCUUCCCCGCCAGCCACCGGUGCCGCUACCUCCGGGGCCGUGGUGGCCCCUGGCACGACUCCUCCUCCUCCUCUUCCUCGGACUCAGAGGAGGAAGGCUACUUCCUUGGGGAGCCCAUCCCUGUGCCUCCCCACCUGCGGGGUGGGGCCAGCUCCCCUCCGACCACUGAGGCGGGACCUCCCCGGCAGGGAGGGGGCAAACGGCGCCAGGGGCUGCGGGCGGCUCGGGACAGGAGCUGUGUGGUGGCCUGAAUCCACCUUUGAACUUUGACCCUCCUGCUGGCAAUGACCUCUCACUUAUGACCUUUGAACCCUACCCCCCCCCCGUUGGCAACUUUGACCUCUGCUUUCAGCCUUUGGUCACAUCUUUUGAGCUUUGACCUCUCCAGUAUGGCCUCUGACCUUUGCUUGUGACCUUUAGACUUUGACCUCUGUGAGUUCUGACCUUUAGUGGUCACCUUCCAUGAAAGACCUUUGAACUUUGACCUUUUCUGGUGUCACCCCUGACCUUUCACCUGGGACUCUCAGUGAUUGGCUUCUGCAUUGGAACCUCUGACCUUUGAUCUAUGACCUUUCCAGAUCUGUGACCUUUUGUCUGGAAUCCUCAGCCAUUGACCUCUGUGGUGACUUCUGAACUUUGCUGUGAAUGCUCAGUAGUUGAUCUUUCCACUAUGACCCUAACCAUCACGUUUCACUGGGGACUUUUGGACUUUGACCUUUCCACUGUGACCUUUGACCUUGUGAACCUGGGCCUUUGCACUGUGACCUUUCAACUUUACCCUUUGGCCAAGGAUCCUGGGGCAAUGACCUCUCAACAGCGACCUUGCCCCUUGUCUUUCCCCUGGGGCUGUGGAUGGUUGGACCUCGGCCUUGUGAUUUUUGACCUCUCCUCAGGGACCUGUGAGCACUGACCUGCCCGUUGUGACCUUUGAACCCUACUCAGGAUCUUUGCAUUGAUGACCUUUGAACUCUGGUUGGCACCUUUCCACUGUGGCUGGUUAGAUUUGGUGGCGACCUUUGACCUGGUGGUGGUGAGCUUUCCCUUGUGGCCUUUGACCUUUCCACUGUGCCCCUUGACUUUUGGCUGGGAACUUUGACCUCUAACCCCUGAAAAUGCCUUCCCACUCUGACCUUUGCCUUUUGGAUGGGACCUUUGCACUGUGACUUUGGGGCCCUUGACCUGUUGACAUUUGUGCUUUGACCUUUCAUCCCUCUCACAUGAUCUUUGGGGGAUGAUCAUUGACCUGUGACUUGUCCAUUGUGACCUUUGAACUUUGACCUGGGAGGGGGUCAGCAGAAUUUUGGCUGUUUUUUUUGGUGUGUUCCCCCAUUUAGAUCAAGUUUUUUUGAUUGUUUAAUAGUGGAACAUUUGGGGGGUUCAGUUCCCACUCUCCAGACCCCCUUGGGGGCUGCACUGGGAGGAAGGGGGGCUUGCAGAGAAUGGAGGUACAGUUAUGUAUGGGGGUACACCCUGUACUGGCCCCAGUACAGAAUUGGGGUCCUCACUGUGUCUGGAAUUUAACCUUCCAAUUUGUUUUUCUAUUAAAGGGUUAAUUUAAAGAAAAAAAAGCAAUCUUUUUAAUAAAAGAGUCUUUUUAAAAUC